AUGGCUAAUGAAUCCAGGCCCUGCCCGUGUGGUAUUGGAGACAGGUUUGACUAUGAGGGUUGUGGGCAGGAGGUGCAAGUUGGGCACAUCAAGGCGUACGUUUGCAAACCACCUGCCGGCACAGACAAAGCUGUGAUUGUGAUCCAUGAUAUAUUUGGAUGGCAGCUCCCAAACACCAGAUACAUGGCUGAUAUGCUUGCGGCUAAUGGAUACAUAGCCAUCUGCCCAGAUUUUUUUGCAGGAAGAGAAGCUUGGAAGCCUUCUGAUGACUGGUCCAAGUUUGAUGAUUGGCUGAAAACUCGGGAUGCCAGGAAAAUAAGCAAAGAAGCUGAUGCUGUCCUGAAAUACCUAAAGGAACAGUGUGGUGCAAAGAAAUUGGGCGUCGUUGGUUUUUGCUGGGGUGGUGUUGCUGUACGUCACCUGAUGAUGACAUACCCGGAAUUGAAGGCUGGUGUAUCUCUCUAUGGACUAAUCAAGGAUUCUGAUGAUAUAUCCAAUCUCCUGAACCCUACAUUUUUCAUUUUUGCUGAAAAAGAUGAAUUCAUUCCCCUUCAUCAAGUCACCCUGCUGGAGCAGAAGCUAAAGAAAAGUUGCAAAGUCGAUUUUGAAGUUAAAAUUUAUCCUGGACAAACUCAUGGUUUUGUACAUCGCAGAAGGGAAGAUAUCAAUCCUCAAGAUAAGCCUUAUAUUGAGGAAGGAAGAAAGGAUAUGAUCAACUGGCUGAAUAAAUACAUUUAA